AUGCCAUCGUGGAACAACCCGCAAGACACGGCCGCCGCUGCGGUAAAGCCGUUGUCCCUCUAUAACACCCUCACAAAAACGAAGAACGUGUUUGCGCCGAUUACCACCGGCAAGGUCAAGUGGUACUCGUGUGGCCCGACAGUCUACGACGCGGCACACAUGGGCCAUGCAAGAAACUACGUCUCCAUCGAUAUCAAUCGCCGUGUGUUGCGUGACUACUUUCACUACGACGUGCACUUUGUGCAGAACGUGACAGACAUCGACGACAAGAUCAUCAUCCGCGCCAGACAAAACUAUCUUUUCGAGCAGUACACGCAGAAGGCGCCGUCUGUGUCUGAGGUCACCGCAAAGGCCCAGGAGGGUUUGGCCCGGUAUAUUGCAAAAAACUUGCCAGACAGCGCCAAGUUCGCGUCUGUGGAGGAAUGGGCCGCGCUGAUUGACCUCAAAGCAGAAAUGAUCAAGGAAGAGAAGUUGCCAAUGUACUUAAAGACCGUGACGACGGCCCAAGACGCCCUCAAAGACCCCCAGGACGUGGCCGCUCUUUUGGCUCUGACCAAGGACGUCAUUGUGCCGGUGUUGGACAAGGAAUACGGUGCGACCGUGAACGAUCCUGCGGUCUUUCUCGCGUUGCCAGCCUACUGGGAGUAUCGUUUCGACCAGGAUAUGGCCCGCUUGGACGUCUUGGAGCCAGACACCAUCACCCGCGUGACGGAAUACGUCCCAGAGAUUGCCACCUUUGUCGAGAAGAUCAUCGCCAAUGGGUUCGCUUACGCCACCGCGGACGGCUCCGUCUACUUCGACACAGUUGCGUUUGACCGCUCCGACAACCAUGAUUACGCCAAGCUCGUACCGAGCAACAAGAACAACCUCAAGUUGAUCGAGGAGGGCGAGGGCUCGUUGUCUGUGGCGUCUGGGAAGCGCAGCCCGUCGGACUUUGCCUUGUGGAAGGGCUCCAAGCCAGGAGAGCCAGCCUGGGCAUCGCCGUGGGGCCAGGGCCGUCCUGGCUGGCAUAUCGAGUGCUCUGUGAUGGCGAGCGACAUCUUGGGCCAGCAGAUCGACAUCCACUCUGGGGGGAUCGACUUGGCCUUCCCGCACCACGACAACGAGUUGGCGCAGUCUGAGGCCCACUACGACUGCCAGCAGUGGGUCAACUACUUCCUCCAUACCGGCCACUUGCACAUCGAGGGCUCUAAGAUGAGCAAGUCCUUGAAGAACUUUAUCUCCAUCGACGAGGCCUUGACCAUGUACUCUGCCAGACAGUUGCGUUUGUGUUUCGCAUUGACCCCGUACAACAACCCAUUGGACUUCAAGGGGGCGUUGAUCGACGAAGUCAAGAACUACGAGGGCUCCUUGAGCAAGUUCUUCACCAAGGUGCGUGCCUUGAAGAGCAGCUACGAGCACGACCUUUCCCAGGGCAAGAUCAUCUCCAAGAAGAUCACUGCCGCCGAAAGCGCGUUGGAGGAGGACUUGGAGGAGGCCAAGCGCGCCGUCCACGAGGCUUUCUGUGACAACUUGAACACGCCGUUGGUGAUGCGUAUUGUUGGUGACUUGGUCUCCAAGACCAACACCUACAUUUCCGGGUUGGGCUCCGAGCUCAAGAUCGGCCGCGUAGUGCGCAACGCCCAGUGGGUGAGCCAGAUCUUGGCGAUUGUGGGUUUCCGCACGCGUGCUGACGGCUUGGGCUGGUCGGAUGCCUCCGUCGCCGAUGACGGUGCGUCUUUCGAGGAAACGGUUUCUCCCGUGGCCAAGAUCUUGUCCUCCACCCGUGACACCAUCAGAACCAAAGGCAUCGAAUUGAAGGAUGCCGAGUUGUUGCAGUUAAGCGACUCUGUCCGCCAGGAGCUCUUGCAACACGGAAUCUCCAUCGACGACCAAACCGACGGCCCGGCCUUGGUCAAGUUCUUGAGCUCCGCGGAAAAGACCGAGAUGCUUAAGCAGCAGCAGGAGAAGGACCAGAAGGCGCAGGAAAAGCUCCAGAAGAAGGCCCAACAGGCCAGAGAGAUUGCCGAAAAGGCUCGCUUGGCCGAUGAGAAAGCCAAGGUUAGACCGGAAGAUUUGUUCAAAUCCGAGACGGACAAGUACUCCACGUUUGACGAGGCUGGUAUGCCCACCAAGGAUGCUGCCGGUGAGGAGAUCACCAAGAGCAUGAGAAAGAAGUUACAGAAGCUCUACGACCAGCAGAAGAAGUUGCAUGAGGCGUACUUGGAGAGGACAAAGAACUAA